AUGUACCGCCAGGUAAAUGUCGGCACAGAGGACAGUUAUCUACAACUCAUUGUUUGGAGGGACAACCCUAAUGAAGACCUGAGGUACUAUCGCUUGAAGAAAUCACAUCCACUUGCAUCGAGUGCAAUCAAGGAUUUCUACGUGGGCGACGUCAUGACCGGAAGCAACAGCCUCAAGGAAGCUGUCAAAAUUAAGGAUGAUUUAAAGACAUUGUUGCAGUCAGCUGGGUUCAACCUCCGUAAGUGGUGCGCAAACCAUGAACGGCUGCUUUCAUCAAUACCGAGCAAAUACAGAGAAGUGAAGCUUUCUGUCGACGACUCAAAGGAUGAAGGUGUGAAAACGUUAGGAUUAACCUGGAACCCCAAGUUAGAUCAUUUUCGCAUAACCACCAUUUGGAACGAGCCAACCGAGGUAACAAAACGGACGGUUUUGAGUGAUACAUCACGAUUAUUCGACCCAUUAGGAUUUGUCAAUCCAGCAAUUACACUGGCCAAAAUAUUUCUACAGGAAUUGUGGUCACUAAAACUUGAUUGGGAUGAAGCCAUACCAAUGGGACUUCACACUCGGUGGCUUCAAUUCCGCCAGGAACUGGCAGAUCUUAACAGAAUUCGAAUACCCAGAUAUUUGGAAACGAAAAAUGCCACAGUUAGUCUACACGCUUUCUCCGAUGCUAGUGAAAGGGCGUACGGUGUGGUAAUAUAUCUACGCAGUGUAAAUAACCAUGGAGAUAUAAAGGUGACACUUCUCUGUUCCAAGUCCAGAAUGGCUCCAUUGAAAACUAUCACUCUACCAAGACUGGAAUUAUGUGCAGCAACCUUUUGGGCUCGUCUAACAGAUCGUGUAACAAAAAUCCUCAACAUGGACAUCGGCAGCAUACACUAUUGGACAGAUUCACAGAUCGUCUUAGCUUGGACGCAAUCCAGGCCCUCAUUGUUUCACACCUUUGUGGCAAACAGAAUUUCAUCAAUACAGUUAAGAGUUAAUAAAUACAUCUAA